AUGAGCCAACCACCACAACAACGAGUACUACCAGCACGACUAGCACCUCGACAACAUCAACCGCAACAACAACUACAGCAACGACCACGACAACUACAACAACAACGACUACAACUACGACGGCCACGACGACAACUACAACUACUACUACCACUUCAACGACAACUACUACGACCACCACUACCACAACAUCAACGACAAGUACCACGACAACAUCCACAACAACGACGACUCAAACUACAUCAACAAGUGACUAUUUGA